AUUGCACAUAUUAGGCUAAAGUUCGGGGACUAUUUGUGUUAUUAUCCCCUGUGUUAGAUGUUCAAAUUAAUAAACCAGACUGGGUGCCAAUUGCUCUAGCUGAACUUGGUUCUAAACAUUAUUAAGCUGGUAGAGUUACCAAGAAUCAGAUAAGAUUGGUCAAGAAUCACAUCAGAAUACAAAAAGAAGGGUCUUUUUCAGCUGUUCAUGUAGGGAAAAAAAGGGUAUUAAAAAGAAAAACCCAGUUGAGCAAGGGUAUGAUAGCAAAAAGGGCAAGCAAAAUAUAGUUAAAAGAUGGGGUCAGGACAGUUAAUUCCCCCCUCAUCCACGAGGGGAGCGAGUCCCUGGGGGCUCACCCUCUUUGUUUGCCUAUUUUUAAGCUUCCCAUGCCAUUUUUUAUUAACUUAACAAGUAAAAGUCACCCCCAAAAAAAAAUCAAGGACCUGUCUUUUUCAGACACAUACUCAGAGAGAGAGAGAGAGAGAGAGAGAGAGAUGGAAGAAGAGAUUGAGAGCCAUCAUGGGGAUGUGCCAAAUGUUGUGCCCAGAAGAAGAAGCUCAAGCCCAGAGAGCCCUUGCUUGAAGACCAGCCACCACCACAGCAACAAAGAACAGGACAGGUUCUUGCCCAUUGCCAACGUUGGGAGGAUCAUGAAGAAGGUGCUUCCUGGGAACGGCAAGAUCUCCAAGGACGCGAAGGAGACAGUCCAGGAAUGUGUGUCCGAGUUCAUCAGCUUCGUCACUGGGGAGGCGUCGGACAAGUGCCAGAGGGAGAAGAGGAAGACCAUCAAUGGCGACGACAUCAUCUGGGCGGUCACAACUCUAGGGUUUGAGGAUUACGUCGUCCCCCUCAAGACGUACCUCAACAAGUACAGAGAGAUCGAGGGCGAGAAGCUGAACGUCCCCAAGCAACAGCAGAGAUCCUGCUCGUCAUCGGAUCAACAGCAACCGCAACAGCAACAUAGGAUGCAUCAACCGCCGUUCGAUCCCCAGAUUCAAGAUCACAGCACCAGCAUGGGGUUUGCCCAUAGCGAUAAUAAUAACGGUAGUAACGGAUUUUGUUCUCCGGCGAGCAUUUUGUCUCAGCCUCGCGCUUUCGGGGGCGCCGAUCAUCAGCCAUUGAUCUCCUUGCCUUUCUCUCCCAAUCCCAUUCAAAAGCAAUUACAGCACCAAGACCAAGUUGAUUCCUUGGGGCAGUGGUAGAUAUCGUACUUAAAAAUCUCACCUUUUGUCACUUUUUCUGUGUUAUAUUAUACAAUGCUGAUAUAUACCAUUCAACCAAUACGUUACAGUUUCUCUAGUAUACAUGUAUGAUUUUGGAGAUAGAUCCUUUACCAGCCCCCACAUCACUCAUUAUAGUUUCUUGUCCAACCUCACGCCUUCAUCUAUUUGU